CGCCACCGGGACCGUGGUCGCGACAAACUCGCGCGGCGAUUGGCGAAUUUCGGGGGCGGGUGGGCUCCACACGCGAAUGGUAUUGCGGGACGCGUCGUCGCGACGCUGCAUUUCGUCCAGGGCGCCAUAACGCGCGACUUCCACACGCACGCAAACCGAUCGCCCAACCGGCGACGAAGCAUACUCCGUUGUCGGGUGACAUGUCGCUGUUCGCCUGUUGCAUCCGUAGGAAUCAUCGAAGAAUGGAGGACGCUCAUCAGCAGGCGUUGCUGAAGGAACCGCCGGAAAUAUCGUGGGAGAAUACCUUGGGCGCGCCACACGGCGUGCCAUUCGACGACGACACGAAGGAACUCCUCAGGAAAUGCCUGGACGUCACGGCACCGUCGCCCACGACCCUGGCACAAAUCAUCAAGCGAAGCGAGGCCUUCCCUAUCUACUUUCCAAUUAACACCAUGAGAUGCUCUGCCCUAAAAGACAGAGGGAUCAGCAACGACAUCCUCGAGAUGAACGUGAAUUCGGUUUACCCUUUGAUACACGAGGCGAUGUUACCGUUGCUCGCUCGGUGGUUGAAACAUAAACGACUGUACGGCAGUGCCAUCGAGAGGGCCAUGUACAUGGAUAUGGGAUUGAUACAAUUCAUUCACCGAUUGUUGGAAAAGAGGGCGGUGCAUUUCUAUGGGUCUGACGAUCGAUGGAAGCUGAUCGAUGGUAAGACGGGCGUCGACGGAUGGGACAACGUUGGCACCGAUCACGAAAAGGAACCUCUGGUCCUAACGAAAUGUUUGUCUUACGACGAGAUCAAGCUGUCCGCGAUGAUGGCGAUGUCCUCUCAUACCGAAUUUAUAAACGAUGGCUCGCGAGAGAACAGAGGCAUCGUGAGUACCGAUCCAGACUCCGUUCAGCCGAGAGGAGUCGUUAUAGGUGUCGUGGGACCAAGAUUCGAACGACCACGCGUCAUGGAGUACCAAGACAUCCUGAUCACUCCUUUGCAAAAUACAGCGGAUCACGGGUACGGACCAACGACGAAUGGAAGUUUGGAGACGGAGCAUGGAAUGCGCGUUUUAUGGGCGAGAUUUUACGGCGAGGUGUAUCUGCCACUCUACGAGGAGACCGUGAAACGUGUCAAAUCGAAGGACAAUAAAAGAUACCUUUCCCUAUCCAGUCAAACUGUCUUCGACAUCGAGAAUUACAUGAAACGAAUCCUACUAUCCGUGGAAAUCAUACUACUCGAGGCAAACACGCGAGCCGAGAAACAAAACACCACUGCCUUCCUACACGUCGUAGGAUUAGGUCUCGGUGUGUGGAGGGUACUUCAAGAUCAAGAGAUAUACUUCCUAAAGACGUUCGAGAUCGCCAUCAAGAAGAUGAACAAGAAACUGAAAUACGUGUCCGACAUAAUGUUCGCGUACUUCGGUCAGCAAAAGUGUGGCGACGCGGGGAACGGCGACUACCUUGGAGAUAUAAAGAUUCACUUCGCUCUUAGGGAGCCGCACAGCAAGCUGUUCAGAGCCACGGACGCGAACAAGCUUCUCGUGGUGACGUACGCGUGGGACGGAAACGCAAUGCCAGGAAACGAAUUUUGGAGCGGAUUUUUGGCAUCGAGCGGGGAUCCUGCGGCGGCCUGUAGCACCCAGGUGGCGGAAUUGCACACGUCGAGGAUCAAUCCUCGAGCUUGCGGCGCGAGUUUGCACGUCGCGUCCGCGGAGCACGGUAUUUUGCACAUAUCGGAUUAUGCGAAGCUACAUCUUGCUUAGGAGAGGGCUGGCCCUGUGGGCACAGGUCAACGAAGACCAUCACGGUCUCCUCGAAGUCAGAGGAGCCGCAGCGCGGACGUGGACUGUUUGAAGAAGUACACGGAGAGACGCGUGGAAGAGAGAAGGCACACGGAGA